AUGAAUAAUGACAACAAUUAUCAAGUUGAAAAUAUUUUACACUACAGCAGAAAAUCCUUCAAGAAGAAUCAGAAUGGAAUAUCAAUAGAGGCCUACGCAAAUGGCAGAAGAGAAGAUGUAAAUGAGGAUCUAGAUUCACCAAGAAGCGAGAAAGUAACAGUGGACUCGGCGGGCUGUAGUUGCGACAUAGACGCAGAUGGCGAAAUAGCUAAUAUUCUUCACAAAAAAUGUCCAGUAAUUGCACUCGCACAGCAACAACUUCAAAGACUUUUAGACGACACGGAUAAGUUACUUGGUGAGAACAUUAGAUGCUACAGG